GUCGCGAUGGAGCGGGACGCAGCGAUAGGAACGGCCCUGGAGCGGUUUUAGCCCGCCCGGUGCUUGUUUUGCCCUCAGCGCUGUGAGAGGAAUGUCCCAGAGGAAGCGCAGCAGAGGGUCGGGUCCCUCCCAGGCAGACGAUGGGGACGAGGAUUUCAGCCUCAGCCCCAUGCUGCCGCGCAGCCAAGUGCAGCGGAACCUGGAGAGGCACUCCCAGGACCAAGUGAACCAGAAGGUCAGUGAGCUGGUUCAGUUCCUACUUGUCAAAGACCAGAAGAAAAUCCCUAUUAAGAGAGCAGAUAUCCUGAAGAAAGUCAUCCGGGAAUACAGAGACAUCUACUCGGAGAUUGUCAACCAGGCAGGCAGGACCCUGCAGCAGGUGUUUGGGCUGCAGUUGGUGGAGAUGGACACCAGGCAGCACAUCUACAUCCUCACCAGCACCAUACCCCGCACCGAGGGGGAGAACCUGCGCCGGGACAACCAGACAGCAAAGCUGGCGCUCCUCAUGGUCAUCCUCAGCUUCAUCUUCAUGAAGGGUAACUCGGUCAAAGAUGGUGCAGUGUGGGAAUUUCUCCGCAGGCUCCGCAUACAGCCAGGGGAGCGCCACGAGGUCUUUGGGGACGUCAAGAAGCUGGUGACAGAGGAGUUUGUGCGGCAGAAGUACCUGGAGAUCACCCCCAUCCCCUUGACGGACCCCCCCGAGUUCAAGUACCAGUGGGGGCCACGGGCAGCCAAGGAGACCUCCAAGAUGGAGGUGCUGCGCUUUGUGGCAAAGAUGCAAGGGAAGGAUCCCACGUACUGGGUAAGCCAGUACAAUGAGGCUAAGACCACCCGUUGACCUCCCAAAACAUUGAUGGACCCCCCCCACAAUAAAGGUGCAGCUUGA